CCCAGAAGGCCUUCCACGCUGACGCGCGACUCCUUACCGUCGCAUAUGAUCCGACUGCGCAAGCGCGAGGCGGCCAUCGUUUCCCGUCGUGCUUUGGCUUUAGUCUUCCUUCGCGGGUCUCUCAUUCUCCCUCGUCUCUCGGUUAGAAGUUUUCUGGACCAAAAUGGCAGACGUGCUGGACCUUCAUGAGGCGGGCGGAGAGGAUUUCGCUAUGGACGAGGAUGGGGACGAAAGCAUUCACAAGCUGAAGGAAAAAGCCAAAAAGAGGAAAGGCAGAGGCUUUGGUUGUGAGGAAGGCUCCAGAGCCCGAGUUCGUGAGGACUACGACAGUGUAGAACAGGAUGGAGAUGAGCCAGGCCCACAGAGAUCGGUGGAAGGCUGGAUUCUCUUUGUCACUGGGGUUCACGAGGAGGCCACAGAAGAGGAUAUUCACGACAAGUUUGCAGAAUUUGGCGAAAUCAAGAACCUGCACUUGAACCUUGACCGGCGGACAGGCUACCUGAAGGGCUAUACGCUAGUGGAAUAUGAGACAUACAAAGAAGCCCAGGCGGCGAUGGAGGGACUCAAUGGGCAGGACCUCAUGGGGCAGCCCAUCAGCGUAGAUUGGUGCUUUGUCAGAGGACCUCCAAAAGGAAAGCGCAGGGGUUGCCGUAGAAGGAGCCGGAGUCCUGACAGGAGAAGGCGCUGAGGAGAAACCUCCCCCCCUCCUUUUUUGCUGGUUCACAGAAGAAGUUCUUGAUGAAUCUGAGGGAGGCUCCACUUCGUACUGGCAGAGCUGUGUGCCAGAAUUGGUCUCUUGCCUCUGUCCCUGCCCAGGCUUCAUGUUUUAAUUAUGCUGUCUGUACCUACUGAGUGGAUUUUUUUUAUUUGUAUCUGUCUCAAAGUUCAUGAGACUUCCCUUAUGGAUUUCCUCGGAAACGUCCUUACCCCCUCUGUCACAAUUGAGAUCGUUCGAUUAUUUGGUUUGAAGAAGGACUCUCCAAAAAGCCAACAUUCAAAAUAAAAGUCCGGUUUUUUUAAAGAAAAGAAAAA